AUGUCCAGCAAAUUCUUACAGUUGCAUAAGUCGUUUCGAAAAAAGUUUUCGCUACCAAAUUCUCAUAUAGUUCAGUGGUUUCCAGGUCAUAUGAUGAAAGGGAUGUUUCAGAUACAGGCCAAAUUGAAAGCCAUUGAUUGCAUCGUUGAAAUACACGAUGCACGGCUUCCGUUUUCGGGAAGAAAUUUACAUUUAAGAGAUAUAAUCAAACUGCGUCCCCACAUUCUGUUAUUAAAUAAAGCGGAUCUGACUGAUUUUGCUGAAAACAGCAGUAAGAAGGAUAAGGUUGUGACAGACCUAAAAAGUCAAGGCGUUGACAACGUGUAUUUCACAAGCUUUCGACAAUCUACACACCAGCAAGUUUUAAGCGACAUUUUACCGAUGGUAAAGGAUCUGGUUUAUUCAAGACCCAGAUAUAACAGGGAAGGAAACGAAGAGUUAAAUUUGCUUGUUGUUGGUGUUCCUAAUGUUGGAAAGUCCACUUUUAUUAAUUCCUUAAGAAAUGCUACUCUGAUGAAGAAAGGAAAAGCAACAACGGUGGGCGCUCUAGCUGGUAUUACAAGAAGUGUUUUGACUAAAAUUAAAGUGAGUUCAAAUCCUCCUGUGUAUAUUAUUGAUACGCCAGGUAUAAUGCCUCCGAAGAUACCCGGGCUAGAAACGGGUAUGAGACUUGCAGCUUGCGCCUGCUUGCCAGACCAGCUGGUAGGGGAGGUGAGCAUAGCUGAUUACAUCUUGUUCUGGUUGAACAGCAGAAGACACUUUGAUUAUGUUGACUAUUUUGAACUUGAUGAACCUUCGGAUAAUAUUUUGAAUGUGUUGGCCAAAAUUGCCAUCAGGAACAAAACCAUUUUACGUGUUAAGGAUGUUGCAACCAAUCAGUUUGUUUAUCGUCCUAACAAUUUAGCUGCUGCAGUUAUGUUCUGUGCUGCAUUUCGAGAUGGUAAAUUAGGUAAAUUUACUCUUGAUGAUGAGAAUGAAUAG